GCAUGCUCCGAUCAUAACGCAAGGCGGAGUAGUAGAAAAGGCGACGAAAAAGACGCGCUGAAGGCGAUAACGUCCGACGUUGGCGACGCCUCGCACAUCCCAAACAUGCCGCAGUCGUCGACAGACGUGCAAGACUCUCCGCUCGUGAGCUUCUACCUUAGUCGUCCCGACCUCAGGCGCAGAGUAGCUGCUCCGCCUUCUUGCGCUACAAUGUUGUCCAGCACGCUCUCCGCUGCGGUGCUAGAUCCCCCUGCGACGGUGUUUCUAUUGUUAUCAUCAGCCAUUGCUACGUCCACCGUCUGCAGCUUCAUGACCAGCACUUGCUCGUACGAAUACGCGUGUCUGACAAACCGUAUUCGCCAUCGCUUAUUGACGUUAUUCAAGGCGCUCGAGAACUCCAUCGGCGCCUGGCCGCCCAGACACUCGCACCGACAACUUUCCACUGAUGACGACGAUUCGGUCUUUCCAGGAAGGGGACACGAGGCCCGAGUGAUGGCGCAAGUCAAUGGUGAGCUGAAAGAAUAUGGCUGCCGUCGCUUUUUGCCCAAGGACACAGACUACGAAGCCACAAUUAGAGCAAUCGGCUUUGAUAUUGUGGCUAUGGUUAUGCAAUCCAAUACAUUGGGUCCCCCAGGCUCCUUUGGGACGAAAGUUGUGUUCAUUAUUGUCGUGGUAGUUAUUGGACGCCUUAGGGACCUGUGUGAGAACUCGGGAGCGCUCAUUCCAGGCCAUGGUGGCGCGUUAGGUCGUAUCGACGCACUGAUGUUCGCGACGCUAGUGUUUUCACGCUGCUAG